CACACCUCCCUCUCCCUAGUUCGUGGAAAAUGGAAGGGGAAAAGGAAGAUUCCUUUUCCUAACCCCACUUUUUUCCUGCCAAAAGCCUUCACAUGAACAACAGUUGUGUUGACCGUGAAAAUACUUGUACAUCUGCAUCAGUAACAGUAACGUCUGGCAGCCUAAACCACUCACCCAACAGCUGCCUAGUAUAAUUCAUAAAUUGACAAUAUGGCAGAGCGGAGGAGGAAUAAAAAGCGUAAAGAUGAAGCACCAGGGGUUAAACCACCGGUUGACAAGCCCAGCAAAGAGGAGUAUGCAGUGGCAAAAUGGAUUCGAGAAAACGUUCCCUCAAAGAAAACGAAAUUCGUCAGUCACAAUGUGGAGUACUUUACGGGCUCGCGUGCUGUUAAUGCCCUCCUAGAUAAAUCUCCCUGGAACAAGACGAUAUUCGAGACAAGGGAGCAGGUGGUGGACUUCCUGGACGUGAUGCUGAGACACAAGUUCUUCCACAGGGCCAAGAAGAUUGCUUUGACUGAGGAGGAGCUCAACAAACGUCGAGCCAACAAGAAGAAGGCUAGGGAUUGUUGUGUGAAGGAAAAGGGGAAGGAUUGCUGUGGCAAGGACAAAGAGAAGGACAAGGACAAAGAAAAGGAGAAGGAUAAAGAGCAGGAGAAGGAGAAGGACAAGGAUAAAGAAAAAGAGAAGGAAAAGGAAAAAGAGACUGUAGAAGAAAAAGAAGACGACAAUAAAGAGAAAGAGCCGAAGAAAGGCGCAAAAGUCCGUCUUGAAAUGCACAUGGAGCAAUAUUUCGUAGACUGCAAUGACGCAUACGUCUGGAUCUACGAGCCCAUCCCCGUCUACUACUGGUUCUUCGGGACCCUUGUGGUCCUGGGUGCGAUAGCCGUGUGUCUCUUCCCCCUGUGGCCCCUCACCAUUAGAAAUGGAGUUUAUUACUUGAGUGUUGCGGCUGCUGGAUUUUUUGUAUUUAUUCUAGCACUAGCUCUUUUGAGAGUCGUUCUGUUCUGCUUCCUCUGGGUGCUGACCCUCGGGAGACACCACUUCUGGCUUCUUCCCAAUCUCGCCGAGGAUGUCGGCUUCUUUGCGUCCUUCUGGCCGCUCUAUCAGUAUGAGUACUGCGGGCCGGGGAGUGAUAAGAAGAAGAAGAAGAAGAGGAGGAAAGAGAAGGAUUCUGAUGGCGAGGAAGGCACUUCUAAUCAGGGAAGUGACGAGAAGGCCCUCCUCAACGAAGACGCCCAGGACCAAGAAUGCGAGAAGGAGGAGGAUGCCAGUGGUGAAGAGGGCUCCGAGAGCGAAAAAUCCAACACUGGAAAGGACUUUGAAAUGGUCCAGCACAAUGAGCUCGAGGAUAAGUAAUUUGCCAUUCAUCUCGAGAAAUCACAUCACAAGCAGCUUUUACAUGAGUUUUAUUUGACCAGUGCUAGCUGCCUUGGAUGCAUAAUUCAUUGUUGAAAAUUUCUUUCCAAGCAUUGAAUGGUAGAUGAAAUAAAAUCAGUUGGUUACAACAAACUCUGCGAGUAUAUGAUGACCAACUCAUCGCCGUUCUAGUAGCAUUUAUUAUAGAGAAAUUCAUGGACAGCCGGGGUUUUGCGAAAAAUUUUCCUCAGUGUCUCGAGUCAAAAUCAAUUAAAAACAUAGUUUUUUAACAAUCUGUGAACAUUGACGUUUUAAAAUGUUGGAAAAACUGGAAACUUUUCUCUGUUGAUUUCAUUCCACUUAGAAGUAAAUUUAACGCGGUUUCACGGUACUUAUGGCGUCGUCACGGAGAAUUCCAGAUAAUUAAGAAAUUGAUAUUUUUUUGUAAAUACAUUCUGAAGUUUUUCAAAAUGACAUAUAGAAUUUACAAUACCCUAAGAUAAUUGUAACAUUGGAAAUAAGUUUUAAAGUUUCCACUAAUGCAGAAUAUUAAAUGAGAUGAUGGUAAUUUAAAUAUUUUUCCUACAUUGCCAAUGAUUCAUAAUGUAAUGAUCCUAAGUCGUAUUUACAAUAAUCAAAAACGGAACUUUUUUUAUGCUUAUUGAUGACGCCAUGAAUACUCUAAUAUUUUUGAAAAUUAAUUUUUCUAAUGAAAAUUUUUACGCAAAAUUCGGACUGAGUUCAAACGUUUUUUAAUGUCUUUAUCAACUGUGCAUUGAAAAAAAGAGUGUCUGAUCAUUGAUAAUAAUUUAUAAAUUGUGGGUAGGUGCAUUAAAUGAAUUUAUUAUGAGAAAUAA